AAGCAGAGUCUGCAGCAGCAGCAGAAGAAGAGGAAUAAGAGUCUUACUUCCAUCGUAACAGGCAGUGUUUGGUGUUUGUCGUCGGCUCCAAACUUCCAUCAAACUUUAACAGAAACUGUAAUAAAAACACCGGAACGAGAAGAAAUCAGCGGGGAGAAAACCGGGGCUGCUCAGCGGGACUCGAGAAACCAGUUCAGAGACAGUGGAGGCCAGCCAGUCACCAUGGACACCCAGCAAGGAGCUGAGGGACACUCUGGUGGACAUGUACACAGCUAAUCCCAGAGUGAACGUGGAGCUACGACAGCGUCUGCCGUCACCUGCAUCGCAGCACCUCUGCAGCCCCGACAGAUCUGGGGUCAGCCUGAGUCUGGACCACACUGACUGUCCACAGGCCCGUCCACACCUCCAGGAGCUUCUGACCUCCUCCUCCCCCUCGCCUCGGACCCACAGGGGGUCUUUUUCUCCUGUCUCGCUGUUGUCAUCCAGGCCUCCAGGAGGUGUCGGGGAGAUGGAGGUGGACCCUCCCCCCAGCUGUGGCUCGUCUCCUUGUGCAGAGACCAGUGAAGACAGUCCUGAUGGAGGAAGAGCGUCCAGAGGUCCUGGUAGUCCCACGAUCAGAAGACACCUGGUCAGCACUGACAACAGCUCUCGUCCGGAGCUCAUCGUUGGUCCAGUUCACGGUUUUGAUCGAGACAAAAAUAUCUCGUUUCUGCUGAGGGAGCUCGACGCUCUGAGAGACGUCAACAAGAAGCUGCUGGAUCAGCUGGUCCAGAAGGAGAAGGAGCUCCAAAGCAGGGAGGUGGAGGAGGAGCUGAGGGAGGAGCAGAGGGAGGCCCGCGGCUGGGAGAGACCUGCAGCUGUCUUGGAGGAGGUGUUAGCUGCUCAGAAGGACAGAGAUCAGGCUCUGAUGUCACGACUCCUGCUGGCCAAUGAGGAGAGAGACGAGGCUGUGCUUCGUGCACGCCAACUACAGCAGGCCUCUGAGUUGGAGCAUUUUCACCUGGAGGACUCUGACAUGGACGUCGACGAGCUCCUUCGGUGUGUUUGUGACGCCGACUCCGUCCAGGAAGUUGAGCAGUUCGGUUCAGUUCUGGUUCAGCGUGUGCGAUUGGCGAGGCGACGGAGAAACGACAUCACGGCUCAGGAGAUGAAGGCUGUGAUGGAGGAGAGAGAUGGCUCUGUAGCCAAGUGUAAACUGUUGGAACAGGAUCUGAUUCAGGAGAGAGAGCAGAGGGCGAGUAAGGAGCUGCCGAGGCUUCAUGGGGAGAGAGGCGGAGCUCUAGAGGACAGGCAUUGGCUGGAGGCGGAGCUACCAGUGCUAAAAACCAGUCACAGCUCUCAGGACCUCCUCGCCCCCCCUCCCUCGCUGCCCAGUGAUGGCGUCUCUCCUGCAGGUUCGCUGGUGGCAGACCAUCAGGCCCCGCCGCUGCUGGUCCAGGUGCAGCAGCUGUGGAAGGAGAAGCAGAGCAUGGAGGCGGAGCUUCAGCGCUGUCAGGAGGCGGAGCGAGAGGCCGGCGAGAGAGUCCGCAGGUUGGAGCGUCUGGUUGAGGUUUUGAGGAAGAAAGUCGGGACAGGGAGGCUCCGAGCUGUCAUCUGAUCUCCUCUCACUUCUAUUUUACAUUUUCUGCGUCCUUUCUGCAAACUGAUUGCUGAUAAUCUGAUGAUCUGUUUUUCUAUUUUCUUCUUAUUUUUUCUGUUUUGACUGUUUAUAAACAUUUUAUUUCAUAUAUUUCUGCUGUGACCAGCCUACGAAGGAUUCUCUGAUACUCUUUUUCCAACUUUUUUGAUGUUUAGCAUCUUAAACUUUUAUAAAAAACAAAAAAAGUUGUUUUUUCCUUCAUGUUUACAUUCUGGUUUAAUAAUGAAAUAUUUUUAAUGAGCUCUUUGAAAUUAUUCUCGGACGUUAAAAUAAUGACAUUUUUUUUGUCUUUGCUUUGUUUCUUCUAUUUGUAGCAUCAUGUCUUUAUCUGUUAGCAUAUUCUGUCCUAAACAUGAUUUUAUGGAUUGACUGUAUUCUUUUUUCUUUAUUUGAUCAAGACAUGAAAUAAAAUCUCAAUCGUACAUUUUCAUUCAUGUUUAUUAAGAAGUGUCAUAACUGUUGACGAUCUGACAUGAACUGAAA